AACUUUCAUCUUGUUAAGAAUCAAAUAAAGUCUUCAAAUGCCUUGCAUUACUCUUUUGUAGCAACUUUUUUCUGGGUCGCCAUCUAGUGUGGGUUACCUAUACAGCUAGCCCAGGUCAUAACCGCUUGUAAACACUAACAUGCAGCUGUCAUCGGAGUUUUGUUAUGAAAAUUGUUUGAAAACAACUUUCAUUUAAACAUUGUUCAAGUGCAAAUCAUCUACAUCUCGUAUAACUUCAGUUGAACCAUGAGAAGUUUAUCAUCAUUUUUCAUUUUGUGUAUUGUCUUAUCCAUCAAUGGAAUGAUGUAUAGCAAGCUUGUUUGGUCACACAACCGAACCUUCCUACUUCACUACGGAGCUGCAUCGAUUGAUACACCAGUCAGAUUUUAUAUUUCAGUUACGAAUCACUCUGAAUCAAAUGACACAUCUUAUGAAUAUCGGUUCACAUUUGACGAGUUUCCUCAGCAUGAUAAAACCAUCGUCUCGACUGAAGGUGAUACCAUGUACUCAGUGCAAUUUGCAUCCACUUGUGAACCAAAAGAGGGCAACUAUACAGUGCGAGUUGAUGUAUGGGAAUGUCAACUCGGUGUCCAAACUCUUUCGAUAGGAGCUGUUAAUUCUUCUUUCGAGCUUUUCGAAUGCAACUAUAUUGAGAUGGGCGACAAUGGCCCUAUUACCUUCGAUGCCCCAAUCACCUUCUCAGUGUUUAAUCAUCAUAGAGUGGAUGAUCCAUCAUAUGAAUAUCGGUUCGCAUUUGACCAAUUUCCUCAACAUGAUAAAACCAUUGUCUCAACUUCACGCUCAGUUGAAUAUUCAUUAACAUUUGAAUCAUCUUCAACAUGGAAAGCUGGUAACUAUAAAGUGAAAGUUGAUGUUUGGUUCCUUAGAGUUCCUUCUUAUUCCUUGGGAACUGUUCUUUAUACUUUCGAGCUUUCAGACUCACUCAUUGGAUUUAUAGACAAAGACCAAAAUCAUUUUUAUGUACUUCCGAUGGAUAAUUUAGUGGUCACUGUAAUGCCAGUUAAACUAACUGCUGAAAUUCGUGAUCCUACUGGGUUUUUCACCGGACGAUGUGGAAUCCCACCAGCUAAUAUAACUUACAAAUGGAUUGUUAAUGAUGAGGUUCAAGAGGAAAACUCUAAGGUUAUUGAACGGACUUUUUCCCAGCCUCAACUUAACAACAUCUCAGUGAUUGUUACAGCAACUAAAACCAAUGGAAGUCGUCUUAUACAAAAAUCUGGUACAUUCAAUAUUACAUUGGAAAGCAAGCAUCCAAUGAAUAAUUUAACUUUUGAUGGUCCAACCGAGGUUAAAGUGUUUGAAAGACAUCAACUGGACUUAACACUAACCUUGGAAGAACCUAACACUGAUGUAGCCGUUGUUCGCGACAUAAAUGAAAGUUAUUUCUCGAUAAUUAAUUAUUUCAGCGAAAAAGGAACAAUAGAUUUACAUAUUGUUCUUAGAAAUGAGGUAUCGACAAUUAGCGAGAGAGUUACUAUUAAAGUUCAUUAA